AUGUCUGUCCCUAAUGAAAAAUCCACAGAGACCGUCGAGGCGACAGAAACGCCCGCGGUCGUACAGUCCGAGUCUAAGAACUAUGGGGGCGUCCAAUCUUCUGUGGGGGAAGUCCGUCAGAAAUGGUACCAGUGGUUUGCACCCACCGACACUCCGGCUGAGCGACGGUUGAUCCUUAAGCUGGACGGGUUGAUCAUCGUGUUUGUGUUUCUGGCCAACUGGGCCAAGGUUCUGGAUUCGUCGGCGACCAGCACGGCAUAUGUGAGUGGGAUGAAGGAGGACCUCAAGUUAUAUGGAAAUCAGUUGAAUUAUCUCAACACCAUCUAUAUGGUCGGCUUCAUCACCAUGCAAAUUCCCUUGACUCUCCUGAUGACCCGCUGCCCUGUGAAUUAUUUCCUGCCAGCUGCUGAUCUCUUCUGGGGAGUCUUCACGCUGGCGCAAUACAAAGCUUCAAAUGUGACCCAGCUCUAUGCUCUGCGUUUCUUCGUAGGAGCCCUCGGUGGCUUCUUCUUCCCCGCCGUCCAAUGGUACUUGGGGAGCUGGUACAAGCGCUCCGAACUUUCUCGCCGAGGAGCUAUCUUCUUCAUCGCCAGUCAAGUUGGCAGCAUGAGCUCUGGCUAUAUCCAAGCCGGAGCUUAUGCGCGACUGGACGGACGAUAUGGCAUCGAAGGAUGGCGAUGGCUCUACAUUAUUUGUUUUGCGUGCACUAUUCCGAUCGCUUUCCUCGGUCUAUGCCUGUUGCCGAGUACGCCGGACAGGUGCAACUCGCGAUUCUUGAGCGCGGAUGAGAUUCGAUUGGCGCAGGAGCGAAUGGCUUCUGAGAAUCGGGAAGCUCGUCAGCCGUUCACUCUGCCUCGGAUUCUGGAGAUCUUGAAGAGUUGGAGGCUUUGGGUGUUGGUUUCGUUUGCGUUUUUCUUCUCGCAGGCUGAUGGAGUUUCUUCGAAUAGCGGCCUCCCGCUGUGGCUCAAGGCUGAGGGGUAUUCAGUUGAAAGCAUCAACGCUAUUACUACGGUGUCGCCCGCUGUGACUAUUGUAGCUUCGGUUGUGUGCGGUGUUCUUUCGGACGUCUAUGACACAAAGGCGAGCUUGAUUGCAGUUACUGCGUUGCUGAAUAUCUUUGCUUGCAUCGUUCUGGCGAUUUGGAACGUCCCUGUUGGCCUUAAAUUCUUCGCGUUCUUCCUUUCUGGAACGGCGGAUGGAAUCGCGGCGAUCAUCUAUGCCUGGGCGAAUGAGAUUUGUGCACAUAGCGCUGAGGAGCGUGCGCUCGUCAUCAGUGCGAUGAAUACUAUCGGAAACACCUUUGGAGCAUGGAUUCCUCUCUUUGUCUGGAAGACCGUCGAUGCACCGCGGUAUCUCAUCGGUUAUAACUGGACAAUUGCCCUUGAUGUGUGCAUGCUUGUUAUGCUCGCCGUGCUGAGACAUUUCUGGAUUCGCGAGCAGAAACGGGCUCGGAGUUAG